AUGACAGAAACAGCUAGUGAUGUUCAGAAUCCUCAAGAGAAUGCUAAUAAUGAACAGCCACAAGGCGAAGUGAAAGAAGCAAUUCUUAAUAUUGCCGAAAAUUUAACUCCCAAUCAAGAUAACUCAGAAAGCGAAAACAAGAGCGCAACAAAUGAUCAAAACCCAUCUAAAGAGCAACAUGCUGGUGAAAUGCAUGAAGCUGCUGAAAAUCUUGCAGAUAAAUUAUUACCUAAACCAGAAAACAAUGAAACUGAGAAUCCACCAGAAAAUACUAACACAGAUAAGCUAUCUGAAGAAAACAAUACAUUAGCGGAAAAUAUUACUAAUAAAUUACUACCAAAAUCUGAAAAUAAUGAAACCGAACAGCCAAAGGAGAAUUCAGAGGAAAAUAAACCGUCAGAAGAAAUCCAUGAAGCUACUGAUAGUAUUGCCGAUAAAUUACUUCCAAAAUCAGAAAAUAACGAAACAGAAAAUCCAACAGAAGAAGCAAACCAAGAUAAACCAUCAGAAGAUAUUCAUGAAGCUGCCGAAAAUUUAACAGAAAAAUUACUUAGUAGCCCAGAAAAGAAAGAUGAAAGUGAAAAUGCAGAUUCAAAAGAAACCAGUUUAUCAAUGAAUAAAGAAAUCCAAGAAACAAUUGAUAAAUUACAGUCAAAUGAAAACGAAAACGAAGAAAAACCAGAAAAUUCCGAAAAUAUACCGGAAAACGGUGAAGAAGAGCAAAAAGAGAAUCCAAACGAUGUACCAAUAGUUGAAACAGACAAACCAUUAUCAAUCUUUACGGAACAUCCUGUUUUCGAAACAGAAACAAAUUCAGAUUCUCCAAGGGAGCCACCACGGAAUUCAAGUGCUUCAACAAGUCCAAGAAAUAAAAAUACUACACCAAGAUCUCCAAGGCCAAAGCCAAAAUACGUUCCUGCACCAAGAUACGUUCCCGAUCCAAACUUUGACGAGAAGACCCUGGACAAAUACGCUCUUGAAGCUGCCAAGCAAAAGGCUCCUCCUCUUGAAGCAACUCAGCCAACUUUGAAAUAUGCAGCUCAUAGAGUCGAAGAAUGCGUUAACGCACAGGAUUAUGACAAAGCAACCAUUUAUGAGUCAUCCAUUGAUUAUCUGCAUACAAUUUGCGAUAGAACUGCUUAUGAAGAAGCAAUUGAACGAGAAAAGCAGGAAAACAAGGAAAGACUUGAAAAAGCGAAAUCUACAGUUGACGAACUUAUCAAGAAGUGGGAUGAAGAGAUGAAAAAACAAGCUGAGAACCAUAAUAAAUUAUUAGAAGCAUUAAAACAGAGAAAUCAACAAGAACUUGAUGAAUUCGAACAAAAAUGGCAAAACGAAGAAUUCUUGGCCCAAUACAAUAAGCCAUCUGCAAGAUUACUUUCAAUGAGAUCAAUUGAACAAACAUUUGCAGCGGCGAAACUCUUUGAUAGAGCCAAAGAAGCCAAGAAACAAGCCGAUGAACUCCAAAAGGUUGAAACAGAGGAACAAAGAAGAAGAGCCAUGGAAGACAUGAAAGUUCAAUACGACACGAUCAUAGCAAAGCAAGAAAACGCUCUUGAUUGUUUCUCACAAUGGAGUGAACGUGAGAAAACAAAUAUGGAACUAAAGCGAGAAAAAGAGCUUUAUGGCUGGAGAAUGCUGAUUAAGAGAAUGGAAGGUCCUGCCGGCCAGAAUGCAAAGAUUAAACCUUUCCAGGAGACACAAGUUCUUGGUUCAAGGCCUCUGAAGAAGUCACAAACAAAGAAUGCCCCUGCUUUUUCAAUUGGCACAUUAACAUUGAAAAAUAUUAUCAAAUCACCAAAAGUUUCAUCGCCAAGGAAGAAAUAA